UUGAUGACGAAAGAGGUCUUUUCCUGGUCGGGCGGUUGAGGGUCAUGGUGACGGGCGGCAGAGCCUGAGGCCGAGCCCGAGCAGCAGAGAGGGAGCUGCCGUCCGCUCCGGGACCAUGGCUGGGAGGACGAGCGCCAUUGCUGCGGGCCUGUGCGGGGCGCUCUUCAUCGGUUACUGCAUCUACUUCGACCGCAAGCGGCGGAGCGACCCCGACUUUAAGAGCAGGCUCCGGGAACGAAGGAAGAAGCAGAGACUCGCCAAAGAAAAGGCUGGACUGUCCCGGUUGCCAGACUUGAAAGAUGCGGAAGCUGUGCAGAAGUUUUUCCUGGAAGAGAUCCAACUAGGCGAAGAGUUGUUAGCACAAGGUGACUAUGAGAAAGGGGUGGAGCACCUUACGAAUGCUAUAGCUGUGUGUGGGCAACCUCAGCAGCUCCUACAGGUGUUACAGCAGACCCUGCCUCCGCCUGUCUUUCAGAUGCUCCUGACCAAACUGCCAACUAUCAGCCAGAGAAUUGUGACUGCACAGGCUUUAGUUGAAGAUGAUGUGGAGUGAAGUGGGUUUCCUGUGAUAAUUGGCAAUGUGAGCAGUGAUCUCACCUUCCAGUCCUGUCUCUCUCUCUACAUUUAGCACAAAAGUGGACUCUGAAUUGAUUUUGGGAAAUUUGUCAUUCUCACUGCUAAAAGUUCCUGUUGCGUCACUUUAUUUAUUUCGCACCUGUGUUUUAAUACUAAUUCACUGGAUACCAUAUUGCAGUUGUACUGCUGAAUGUCAUCUGUUUCUUGGCGUAACUCUUGUCAGGGGUGUAAUCCUAUACAGACAGAGUAUAUUGUGGUGUACACUAGAAGAGUCUGCUCCUUGCACACCAGGAACUUGCUGCCAGACAGUUCCCCAAUCUCCCUGCUCCACUGCUGCUUGGUUCAAAUGGAUGCUGUUGUACUUCAGAGAUUUUUAAUAAAUUUAUUCAAUCAAA